AUGGCUCAAAGCCCUCACUUCUCCAUCAUCAACCACAACUCCUCCUCCUCUGAUCCUCUCCUCACCCACAACCCCCACGAGCUCAUUCCUCUCCUGGAGCUGGAAUCCUUCGGCGAAGACCCCAAAAACAAUAUCCAAGAUAUCCCUUCUCCAAGGAUCCUCAGCACCCACCUCAAUCUCCUCAACCUGCCCGACUCCGUCCUGAGCUCCGGCUGCCGGGUCCUCUACAUUGCCCGCAACCCCAUGGACACGCUCGUCUCGUACUGGCACUUCUUCAACAAGCCGCUCGGCUUCUCAGUCCUCUGGACGUGGUUUAUGAGGAGUUCUGCAGUGGGACUUGUUGUCGCCUCGCGUAUCCGGAAGGAGAAAGAGAAGGAGAGUCUACUGUUUUUGACGUACGAGGAGCUGAAGGAGGACCCGGAAAAGCAUGUGAAGAGGCUUGCAGAGUUCUUGGGAUGUUCGCUGGCUUCAUCUGAGAUCAAGGAGAUUGUGAAGAAGAGCAGUUAUCAGAGGCUCCGAAACUUGGAUGUGAAUCAGAAUGGAUCAGAAAAGGUUCACUGGAGUGGAAUUGGGUUUGGGUCUUUUUUCAGGCAGGGAGUUGUUGGAGAUUGGAAGAACCAUUUGAGUCCAGAGAUGGUGCAACGGCUCGACCAGAUUGCGAGCCAGAAGUUUGAAGGAAGUGGUUUAGAGUUAGAAUCCAUUGUUAGAUCUUCAUGA